GUUCAGAAUACCUUAUAUCAGUGCCAAAAGCGUUAGUUGCGGAAAUGGCGAGAGGGUGGUUUACAUUGAUUUAUUUACUAACUCUAUAUCAGGUCAGUGAUUCAUUAGUAUUUGUGACACAUGCAUGAUACAAAACGUAAACUCUAUCUGUUCGCGGCCCAACAAAAGAAAAUGAUUAAACCUUUUAGGUGCCGUAUAGAACCCGGUCCAUGCUUUGAUACAGAAUAUAUUCUUUAUUUCCCAUUCAUGAACAAGGAGCAUCAUUGUGUCAAUGCUGACAACGAUCAGAGUCAGGGUAUUGCUUAAGAUGGAGAAGUGGAUGUUCCGUCCGCCCGUUCUGGUGGGUGAACGAGUCGUGUGGUUGGGCAGUGGUACGGGACUGCCUCAAGGUGGCAUCGUCAGGUGGAUCGGCAAACUCCCGGAGAUCGGACCCGAUUGGGCAGUCGGUCUGGAGCUUGACAAUCCCCUGCCGUACGGUGGCAUCGAUGGAACCUGGGGAAACAGACACCUUUUCACUUGCGAGCCGAAGCAUGGCCUGUUGGUUCCCAUCGCUAAGGUCAUUCCGGAAUAUGAGCUGUUCAAGUGGCCUAUGCAGCUGAAAGAAAAAAAUCUACGGCAUGGCAGAGAUGAAAAUCAAUCUUCAGACGGGAAGCCAGAACCACCUGCAAGAAAUAAAACUAAACCAAAGAAAACAGAAAUUCCAGAACAGCCUCAGGGGAAGCCUGUGACUAUCGAACCGUGUGCCAAACCACAACCAGCCGCCAGAAGGAAGAAGCGCCCAGCAAGCCAAAUUGAGCGGCUUUCAGUCAUACAGGAACCAAAGGAGCCAGAGUGUGAAGUGAAAAGUGACUUUAAAACAUUGCCACAAACCACCCCAUUGUACAAAGUGAGAAAGGAGAGUUAUAGACUAUACAGUGGAUCCCUGAGAAGUCUUAAGUCUUCAAAAUCAUAUAGAUCUUUCCGAACAUGCAGAUCAGGUGACUACAGUGAAUAUCAGUGGUAUGAUGCUAAAGAUGAUUCUGUAUAUGAUUUUCAUGAUUGCUAUAGUAAUUUCUAUGAGCCAGUUGGAAUAUUUGAUACAAAUGAAGAACAAUGUACUGCACUGACAAAUGUCAGUAAAUGUAAAUCACCUCUGAACACAUCUCAGAAUGGUGACCUCAUCAAAAGAAUGAAUUCAUCUGAAGAAAUUGGCCUAGAGAGUUUCAACACAAAUGAUCCCUUGGCACACGGCAGCAGAGUUUUGAGCACUGGAAGCAUAAGCAAGGAGUCACAUUCUUCCAUUACUGCUUCUCUGCAGACUUCAUCUUCAUCACGCAAAGAGAAAGGGACAAGUGGAUUCUUUUCCUUUCUUCGGUGGUUCAAGAAAGGCAAAAGUGGAGGAGAUGAAGAAGAUGAUGAAGUUGGGGAUUUUGCAGAUGGUUUGGUACUGCCAUCAAUCCCUUCAACUCCAAAACUGAUACGGACACAGAGUUCAAGUUGUGGUAGCAUUGAUACACUUUUUAGCACUGCUACAGUUAACAGUUUUGCUUUUGUUACUCCUGCAGCAUAUCGACCGUUUGGUUCAGCAAAUCCACCAGAAAAGUGGAUUGCCAUUGGACCUGAAACAGAAACGUACAAAAAACGUGUUCUUAACAGGGACAGAUUAAGGGAACAGGAAAAGUAUUUAACUCUAAAGAAAAAGUACCAAUUGUAUGGUAGUGAUACAAUAUUACGAAGUGGUGUGAACACUCCAAAUGAAAGCCCUGUCCUUGCUACAAGAAGGCAGAGAGCAACAAAUGUGUUGAAUGGUGCAAACCAUGUCAUUCCAAUUUCUCCUCCAGGUAGUUUAAAUUCACUUGGUAAGAAAAAACGUAGAGCUCCAAUUCCUCCCGAGUUUGUGAAGCCACAGUGUAAUGACUAUAGCCUUCCAAAUACAUUGGAACACAAGCAUAACAAAAAUAGUAUGGACAAUGGUGAAGUGAGUAGUCUCAAUCAACCACGUCAUAAAAGGAGUGCUAGUGAGUCCUGCAAAGACAGAAGAGCUGGUGCAUAUUGCCAUGUGAGAGGAAAACGAAGAGCUCCACCACCCCCACUGGUAAAUAAAAAUUCAACAAAUGGUAUUGCAGAUCCUAUAGAUAAGCACAGUCCACAAUUUUCAAGUAUCGGUAGAAAGAAGCGACCAGCACCCCCUCCCCCGGCAAUAGAACAAUCGGGAGAAACGAGCGCAAAGAAAAGCAAGGACAAGGAAAUACAGGCAGAUGAUAAAAAGACAGAGAAUAGGUUAUCACAAGAGGAAAAGGAAAGGCUAAUUGCUAACAUUGCAAAACUGAAAGCACAUGCAGACAGGAGAAGUAUGGGAUCACCACCAUCUUCUCCUGUAACUGUAAGGUCAGAUUUGGGUGCUAAGAAUGAACCUGUAGUCUGCAAUGAUUCUUUAAAACUAGAACGUGGGGUCUUGAAACCUAAUAAAGAAAUGCCGAAGAUAGAUUCGGGGUCAUCAGAUUCGAAAGCUGCACCUGUAUCACCUCGUCCGUGGUACAAAAGGAGCUUGGUGUCAAGAGAAAAUAGCAUAACAGGAUUCAAGAAAGAUUUUAUGAAAAGUCUUGAGAAGAAGAAAGAUAAAGAUAAAAGUAAGGAGUGUGACUGGAUGCCAGAAUCUGGUAUUCCAAGAAUAAACAAUGUUGCUAUAUCUAAUGAUGGAAGCAGCAUUGUAACCAGCAGCAGAUUCAAUAUAUUUUCACGGUUAGAAAGAAAUGAUGAAAAAAAGAAAGAAGCAGAGAAGAGGAAGUCACAAGUUUCAAUUCUUGCAAGUAUUAGUGAGCUCGAUCGAGAGGCUGCAGAGAUAGUGCAGAAGGAACAUGCACGAGAACAAGCACUUAUGGCAGCACAUGAUGAAAAAUUCUACACUCAGCCUGAAGUAAAUGCAAACAAAUUGGAUGUAGUUGUUGAAGAACCCAUAUCUGAAAAUGUGGAGGUUCCUAAACGCAGCUCAGCUAGAGAACUUAUUUCUCUUUUCAAUGCUAUAAGUAAUGUGACAAAAGUGACAGUGAAUUCAUCAUUUUUUUCAAAGGAUGGUGUCAAACAGUAUUCCAAGGAAGUUACAGAAAAACGAUUUUCGUUUGCUGGUGAAAGUGUUAAAGCUGAUAGUAAAGUGACACCUGAAAACCAUGAAGAAUUAGAACAGAAACAACAACCCACCAGUAAUUCAAUAAUUUCAGGAGCUACAUCAAGCACAUCUGUUACAGUACAUCAGUCUGUAUUUGCUGAGGGUGGUGGCUUUCCAGUAAAUAUACCCAAUGUUCAAGAAGAGAUAUUACCAUUAGCCACUGAUGCUGACAAUUCCAUAUUAACUGGUCAUCCAUCCUCAAAGAGUACAGAAAAAUCACAUUUCCGCCUUUCGCACAGCAAUGGUAUUGUAGAGAAUAACCAGCCUCAGAGAGCGACACCUGUUUCCUCAAACACCUCCAAUAAUAGUAAUGGUUCUGCUAAACCAUCUGAAAACACCACCACUAAUAAAACAGCAUUACAAAUAGCAGGUGAUCAUAAACCAAGACAGCUUUCAAUCUGGGCAUGCCCUAGAUGUACACUUGAGAAUCCUCGUUGGAGGCUUACAUGUGAUGCUUGUGGUAAAUGGAAACCCUCUAAUAUUGAGGAAAGGCCUACAGGGACCAAGGAUUUAAAUCUCCAGAAAACUUCAGACAGUGAUGAAAGUCCAGCUAAGAGAAAUGUUGAAGAGCAAGUGAAAAGUGAGGUUGCUGAUACAGUUGUAAAUAAGCCUAAAGGUGCUAUUGACUGGGAGCAGGAACUAAAACGAUAUUUUCCACCCAGUGCAAAUCAGAAUGUUUCUAAGCGAACAGUAAAUGGUGAAAGGACAAGUAACUCAGAAAAGCAAAAAGUAGGCAAAGAUUCUUUGGGUCUUGAUGCUGGAGUAACAUCCGUUCAAGCAGUUUCCCAAGCAAACAGUUCACAGACAGUGGUAAAAGAUAGUAUUUCUACUUCAGGAUAUGUCAGAGUACUACAUGAUACCAGCAACAUAGAAGCAACUGCCAUUGAUAUUAAAAAGACAGAGAAUGAUCAGAAACAGACCAGUCAGUUGAUUUCAAAGAAUGACAGUAGCUCAUCUACAGUCAAUGGACUUCAGGAAGAUCCAGAUGUUGAUGAAGUAAGAAAGGCGCGAAUUGCAUUCUUUGGUCAGGCUGGAAGCAAUAACAAUAGCACCAGUAAAUACAAUGACUCUCCUUCUGUAGAAGUUUUAAAUGAAGAAAACAAGUCUGUAAAAACAGAAAGGAUAUAUACAGGAAAAAUAAAAAUGCCUGCAGAUGAAGCUGAGAAACAGAAGUUGAAGGAAAUGUUAAAAGAGAUGAAAGAUUCUCUCCCAAAACGCCCAAAAGGGACUACCAGUCAGGCUAGUGCAAAGACUUCAGAACCCAGCAUUGAUAUUUUAAAGCAAAACAACAAUGUUUUGAAUCAUGAAAAGGAUAAUGCAAAACUUGCCGUCGGUCAAGGGGCUAUUAAGAAGAUUCCACUACAAAGAGGCAGCCAUGCCAGCAGAGGAAAUAGCUUGUUGACAGAAGAGGGGUCUUCAAAACUGAGUGAAAUCAAAACAAGUAAAACACACAGUUCUGAAGUUACUGUAGAAAAUAUUACAAUGAACAAAUUCAACAGUUCAAAGCCACUCAAAGUUUCAGCCUCUGUUCAAACAAAUUCUGUUAUACGGAAAGUUGAACAGACAUCUGAACCAGUUAACAGCUACUUACAAAAAAGCUGUGACAGUAAUUUGCAAGUAGUCAAGAGAGCUCAGGUAAAUGGAUCUGUAUUGCCAGUAACAGUAGAAGAGAUAUCUACUGCUGCAGUUAAAGAUGGUGUCUUGUUUACAUCAGCAAGCAAGCAGUACAAUCGCAUUGGCAAAGGAACAUUUGAGCUAAUACAUGCAAGAGAUUUUGCAAGCAUAGAAGCAACAAAAACUGGUAAUGAAACUAAUAUGCCACAUGUCUAUGCUAACUAUCCACCAUCUUCUGUUGAUUCUAUUGCACAGGGAACCACAACUGCUACAAGUGUUGGGGACAAGAACAGCAUAUCACCUCAACCAUUGUCAAGACAUUCAGCAACUCCAGACAAAAGUUCAAUUGGUUCUAAGGUGACAGACAUUCCAGUGCAUCAUAAUCAGCAAAAUCAGAAGCAGCCUUCGAGUGGUAAUCAGCCUCUUCCAUCAACAUCUGGCCUGAAGUCACCUAAGUCCAAAUCUCCUCGCCAUGUAGUGAAGGACCACAGUAGGGCAGCAUCAGAAGCAAGUACCAGGUCUGCAGAUAGUAGCAGUGGGGACAACAGUGAAAUAGAGCGUCUCACAGCACAGCUAACUUUACCCAAAGGACUGGCUGAUUUCAAAGCUGACCUGCAGGCAUCUCCUCCAGAGCAUAACAUGAACACUUUAGCAGUAAACCGCCUGUUGCGUCGUCUGGAAGCUGCAAUAGCGGGCGGGCAGCAUCACCAAGCAGCUGGGCUCGCUAGAGAUCUGGCCCGACUCAAAAUCAGCUGCUCUGUAACCCGACAGCGACAUGCCUUAGACAAGAGUCCUUCGUCAAUCAUGGUGGAUAUGUAUGUAGAAGAUAAGGUAUCUCACCAGGGUCCUAUACCAAUACAAAUUACACCCAAAAUGACAGUGGCAGACCUGAAGCAGAAAGUCCAACUGGAGUUUGAAAUUCCAGCUGGUGUGCAGCGAUGGAUACUGGGAAAAGAGCUUGCAUCAGAUGAUUCUAAGACUCUGGAGGAGCAUAAUAUAAAUGCCAAUGGCUGCCCUCUGUUCCUAUACCUCGUUGCUCCAGAUACUGAAAAAGAAGUUGGGGCACAGAAUACAGUGACUGAUGAAAAACCUGAACAGCAGCAGGCAGCAAAUCCACCACCUACUGAACCAGGGAGAGGCUGGUAUUACAAUUAUGAGGAGGACCACUACAGCUACUGUGAAGAUUCUGAAAAUGAAAUAAGUGAUGAAGAAACAGGCCCUGAUCAGACUAAGAAAGUGUUGGUGAAUGAAGGAUUAAGGCAAGUAACUCAAACAGUUCAAAAUGGUGCAUCUGAAAAGCAAGAAGUUCCCAAAGUAAACCAUGUUGCGAAAGAGGAGGAAGAUGAAGAAGAUGAAGAGGAAGAGGAAGAAGAGGAAAUUGAAGAGGAGGAGGAAGUAGAAGAGGAAGACGAAGACUCAGAUGAAGGAGGCUUGAUAGGUGCAACAGCUGUUGUGGUGCAUGAGAAACCUGUUGUAGUAGAACCUUCAGAAAUCCAUGUUGGUCACUCAAAGGUAUCACCACUUCCAGAGCCAAAACCAUCUGCACCUCACAUUGAUGAAAUAGGAAAUACAAGUGUGAGGGAGAGGAAGACUGAUACCAUGAAUUUAGGAUGGAAAUGUCCAGUUUGCACCCUAAUCAAUUCUCCUACAAGACCAGGAUGCGCUGCUUGUACAACCGAAAGACCUGUACGAUAUGUGGUCCCUGUAGAAUAUCGAGCAAAUGAACAGGAAUUCCAAAGAAUGAGGCGUGAGCAAAAACUGGAUGAGGAAAUGCAGCAGGCAGCAGCAAAAGAGAAAGAUGUUGAGAAGCAAAAACAAAAUCAUCAUUAUCAGGAACUCUUAAAUCUGGAUAACACAGAUCUGGUUCCCAACACUGAAGCUUUUGACUGUUCUGUCUGUCUUGUAACAUAUAAUGCUGGUGAUGGAGUAAUUCUUCGAGAAUGCCUUCAUGUAUUCUGCAGACAGUGCCUAAGGAAUACUGUACAGUUUAGUGAGGAGGCAGAAGUUAAGUGUCCUUAUAGGGAUGCAGACUAUGCUUGUGACUGUGUUCUUCAAGAAAGAGAAAUUAAAGCACUCGUGCCUGCCGAUAUGUAUGAACAGCAUUUGGCCAAAUCUGUAGCACAAGCAGAAAAUAAAAUAGGAAAUGCAUUUCACUGUAAAACACCUGACUGCAAAGGAUGGUGUAUUUUUGAAGACAAUGUUAACGAGUUCCGCUGUCCAGUGUGUUCUGUAACCAACUGCCUGACAUGCCAGGCAAUUCAUGAUGGAAUUAACUGCCGACAAUAUCAAGAGCAAGUGAAACAGCAGUCAGAGACCAAUGCUGAAGCUCGAAGAACCAGGGAGAUGCUUGAGGAAAUGCUCGAGCGUGGGGAAGCAAUGAGCUGUCCCACUUGCGAAGUCGUUUUGAUGAAGAAGUGGGGAUGUGACUGGUUGAGAUGUUCCAUGUGCAAGACUGAGAUCUGCUGGGUGACGAGAGGACCUCGCUGGGGCCCAGGGGGGAAAGGAGACACAAGUGGUGGAUGCCAGUGUGGUGUAAAUGGAGUAAAGUGUCAUCCAAAGUGUAACUACUGCCACUAAAUGGCAGUCUACAUCUUGCUAAUGUAUGGCGAGGUAUGGAAGCUAAAACAUGCUCCUCACUCAAUAGGUACAAGGGCUGGUAUCAGACCAGCCAUUAUCAAAAUGCUGCUUCACCACUAAAUAAUUUCCACAAAUGAGUAGCUAACCAAAUCGUACAACAAUUUAAUUUCAACAUGAAUCUCAAUUGAGGCAUUCUAGUAAAAGCCACAAGAAUUAAAAUGGAAUCAUUUCAGUGAUGCAAGAGGUAAAUGAUAAAAGUUGGAAUAGACACAACAGUGAACUGGCUGUAUGCUGUAUGAAUGUCAGUCAUCCUGAAAUUAUUUUCCUUCUUCCAAUAAUUACUUUUGUUUUCAUAUAGAUGAUUUUUAUGUAAUGGGGGGGUAUAGCAUCCAGGUGCAUUUCUAUGGUGUUUGAUGUAUGACGCUGAAUUUUUACAUUUUAAGUGAGUGUACAUUUCUAACUGUAGACGACUGUCCAGAUUUAUUACAUUACUGCUGGUAACAGGAAACAUUAUGUUUACAAUUACAAGCUUGACUUCUCUGUCUGCUUGCAACAAAUAGUAUUCACAACAAAAUGGAAUUGUUAUGAAUUAUUGUCUAUUUUGCGAUUAGUAAUUUCAAACAAGGAGAACAAGAUGAAGUCAUGAAUGAAAAUGUAUAAUCCUUAUAAACUUUGCAUGUGGUGUGUUACUAGUUGAGAUGUGUGUACCUGUGUACAUUGCACUUGAUACAUCUGCUCAAAAUGCUAAUGAUACACUCAAUUGCAAGUGGAACUGAUCCAGUUUGGCUGUUGAGACAUUUUGCAUUUUUUUCUCUUGAAUGUAAAGACUGAAUGCUUGUGAGACAAUGUAGUCUUAUCUUUCUUGUAUAAAAAUGAUCAACUGUAUAGUUAAUGACAACCUUCAGUGUUUCACUGUGAACAAGUGAUAAAUGUGGACUGUAAUUAUUACAUUGCAACUUUAGUAAAUAGAAUUUUUUUAAAUGGAAGAAUUGUGUCUGUGAUAAUACCCUAAGCUGUGUUUUGUGUGAAAUUAGGUAAUUAAGGUUCUUUUAUACAAUUUUUAUUGUGAGUACCACUUUGACUCUUAAACAGAUAACUUAUGUGUGUUGAGAGAACAGGAGGUUAUCUUUAUCACUUGUGAAUGUUAACCUAUGAACUAAAUAAUGUUCACUGCCUGUUUCUUAUAUCUUUUUAUAAAUAUAUAUUUAAUGUGGUACAGAUAUGGCCCUUCAUAAUUAUGUAAAUAAAAUGAAAACCAUAUUUUAUGA